GUCAAACUUGCGAUUUGUAUUGAUAUCAGGCUUUUCAUUGAUCAAUACUUGACACUACAUACACGAGUAUCAACAUGUCGAAUCCUCGAGUGAUGCUACCUUUCAAAUAUGGUCUCGGACUAUUAAAUCAAAGGUCACUGCAUACCACUCCAAGGUUAUUCGCUGUCAGUGUCAACCCUUCAAGAAAGCAGAUAUUAGCAAAGAGAAAUGCUACUGAGCCAGUGAUUGUACGGAAGAGGGUCCCAAUCAAUACCUCUGAUGCUCUUCCACCAAUGUUCAUUCUUGAAACAGACCAUAAAGCUGGAGUUUUAACGGUUGACCCUAAUAAAGCCAUGGAAUUCUUAAAGAACUACCAGAGUUUGCAUGGAAAUCCUAACCAAGGUUGGGAGACUGGUAUUUGCAAUAAGCAUGGUAUUACGGCAUCUGAUGUGACUCAAUUGUCUAUUUCCAUGGGAAGAUGCCGAGAACAAGCACAAAAACGUCUAGCAAGAGUGUUGUUAGAUUCAGCUUCAGCUAUGGGAGAUCCUGCAGCCACAUUAGUGGUUGUGUCAGAAGCUUUUCAUAAUAAUAAGCUCUACACAGCAAGAUUUACACCCUUUCUUGAACGGUUAGGUAUUUUGGCCAAGAAAGAGGGCAAUGUUCAAGCAAUGGGACUUCUUGGUCAAAUUCUAUACAGUCAAGGACGGGAAAAGGAAGCUCGAGGUUGGUUGCAAAAAGCUGUUGCUGGAGAAAAGUCACCAAACUUUCCAGGGGCUGCAGAUGCACUCAUCGUACUUGGCUUGAUUCUAGAGAAGACUGAUAGGGCAGCUGCGAAGAAGUUGUUCAGCAAAGCAGCGUUAGAUCUGGAUCAUCCAUCAGCAUUCUUUUAUCUUUCUAAACACGUGGAUCCUGAGGAAGAGGACAAUAGGAUGGUUUAUUUACUUAAAGCGGCCGGUGCGGGUAUGCCUGAAGCAUGUCACAAUCUUGGUGCCAUUGAAUUAUCCAAGAACGGUGACCAAGCAGACAAGAAGCCGUCAGAGCGAGAUUAUGGCUAUGCCAAAGAGUGGUUUCAAGUCGCAGCUGAAAGUGGCUUUGGCCUGAGUAUGUUGAACAUGGCUUCGAUAUGUAAAUCUCAGGGUCAAAAUGAGGAGGCUUUGAAAUGGUUGGAGCGGGCAGAGGCACUUCCCGAAAUCCAUGAUGAAGCAGUAAAGAUGAGAUCCAGCUUCAAUGCGGAUUACGACAUACAAGCUUAACUCUAGCAGACAAUUAAUCGGUGCUUUAUAGUCCAUGGCUGUUAGCUAGAUCUAUAAAUAAUUGCCUCGGCUUUCUUUCGUUUGAUUUUUACAAAGAGCAUCUGGAAGACUCUACGAGGCGCGAGUUUAUAAUGUAAUUUCGUUACUCCACCGAAAAUUGACGUGAGUGUUCAACAUCAGCGCAGCCGUUAUUCCCAAUACGCGGCUAAUCAAGCUGAUAGCUUUAAAUCGGGGCGUUUUCCACGCUCUCUUUCAAUGAGUUGGGUAUGCGUAGUAUAAAACAGCUACAUAAACGUCAAGCUAGCAAGUUGACGGCUAAGGCUCAUUCUUAUCACUGUGGGACUUCCUAGCAAACACAUUCCAUGCCAAGAUUAGUUUUCCUGUCGAGUGUUUGCGAGCAACAAAUCGAUCUGGAAGAAAUUCUGAAACUUUAUUACAAAAUAUAGAUAUGGUGGCUCAAUUUUCGUGGUCACGAUAGAGGAAAUAGAAAAGAAGGAGAUUCAAGCCAAUUGAGUCUAACCACUCUGCAGUUUUUCACACACAUCCUUGACGCUUCAUGUUUUAUCGAGUUUUCUGGGAUGUGAAUAACGCAAUCUAGACCAAAGCUAAGUGAACGCACGUUGCAAUCACAAAAAGAAACAAUGGUAUAAACACUAAACUUUUGGGGCUUUAAGAUGUGGAAAUGAAUGAAAAUAGUUUAUUUGGUGGA